AUGGUGCGGGACCUGGAGGUCGCCAUCGUGAAGGCCACCAGCCACGAGGACGAGCUGGCUGGCGAGAAGUACAUCCGGGAGAUCCUCCAGCUGACGUCAUACUCCCAGGGAUACGUCCACACGUGCGUGUCGACGGUGUCGAAGCGAUUAGGGAAGACGCGCGACUGGAUCGUGGCUCUCAAAGCGUUGAUGCUGGUGCACCGCCUCGUGAACGACGGUGACCCUGUCUUCCAGGACGAGACCCUGUCUUCCUACCCAACACUGAGGGACACCUCGAGUUUCCAUUUCGAUUACGUGAUUUUCGGGACCAAUUCCUUCUAUGCGUUCGCUUUGAAUCUUGCAGUGUUCUUGCUUGUGGGGAAGACCUCGGCUUUGACGAUGAAUGUGGCGGGUGUGGUGAAAGAUUGGCUCUUGAUUGCCUUCUCUUGGUCUGUGAUCAAGGACACUGUGACCCCAAUCAAUCUGGUGGGUUAUGGAAAAACACUCGAAAUUGCAGUGAUCAAAUAUCUAACAAGCUAUCGCAGAUGA